AUGGAGCGAUUUUAUAAAUCUUCUGAAAAGCGUGACGGCGAUAGCAAUAGUAAUCCGAGUACGUCGCAGAGGGAAUCGGAAGUUGAUUUUAAUGAUGUGUUUGGUGGACCACCGCAGCGGACGUCGGGGUUCAGUGGAGAAGAAGGUGAAUCGGGAAGCUGUAGGUGGCCGGUGGAGGGUGAGAGAGGGAAAUCGGUGUUUGGUGAUGAUAGUGGAGUUAGAAGACGUUAUACAAACAAAAAAGCUAAAGAUUUUUUUGAUGAUAUAUUUGGAGGAGAAGAAUCUCAGUCGCAGAGUCAGAGUCCGAGUGGAUGUUCAACGCCAAAGAAACGCGACGGUGCUGGUUUUAGCCCCGGAAUUCAACCACUUGCGUCUUCUCUCCCUCCAUCCUUCAGCCUUCCUGCCACAUCGACGAAAGGGAUAUUUGGUUCACCUUCUCUCGACAAUGAUAUCUCUGCUUCAAAUGGAUUAGCAUUCUCAGAUUCUAAUCUAUCUCGAUUUUCAGCUCAACAUAAGGAGGUGCGGAAGGAUUUGAAACCAUCUAACAGGCAAAGUCUGUUAUCGGAGGAGCUUUGGAACUUAGGCCUAUCUGAUGAAGUCGACAAAGGAAACAAUAUGAAACAGGACAGAUCUGUUACUGUUACUGAAGUUUCUCCUGAUAAUAGUAAUAAUAAUGAUAAUACCAGCAAUGAUAAGUUUCAUUUCUCAAUAUAUAAAUGGGCAAGUAAAGGGGUGACUUUGGCGAUGCCUCUUAGGACAGAGAGAACCUCGAGGACAAAAAAUAAGUUUAAACUCGAGAAAUGCUCGAGUGCUAAGGAUUGGAUAGUCACUGAGAUUACCACUCAAAACGAUAGUCCUAUUAUAUACAAUGGUUCUUCUUUGACUAGAAAUGAAAAACAAGAUGUGUCAAAAACUACUUCAGCAACCAUUCAAAAGACGGUAGAACCUAUAGUUUCUGCAAAAACUCAAUCAGAUUCAUUGAGCAGCCGUCAAACGCUUAUCAAAGAUGUUUUUGUCAGUCCUAUCACAAAAGAGUCCAAAGAAGAAUCAAAUACUCGUUCUACAAGUGAGAGAGUCUUUUAUGGAAAAACCGAAGCAACAAAUGAAACUCAGAAACAUGAUUCCAAAUCAUUACAUUCUCUGUUCGGUAAAAGUAAUAAGAAAUCAGAUGUUGAUGUGAUAACUAGAAAGGCAAGAGAAGAAAAGACGGCGAAAAGCUCAAAGAAGUUAUCUGCUAAUCUUGAUAUUCCUAUAAAUCCAAAGAAGCAAGAUGAUGACGAUGAUGAUGAUGAUGAGAUAACUAGAAAGGCAAGAGAAGGAAACACGGCGAAAAGCUCAAAGAAGCUGUCUUCUAAUGUUGAUAUUCCUAUGAAUCCAAAGAAGCAAGAUGAAAAGCGAAAGACAGUUCCCAUGAGAGGUGUAGAAUAUAGCAAAGCUACUUCUCAGGCUUUAUUAAGCCCAGGCAGAAGUAUGGGGAAAGGCCGAGUUAAAGGAAAGGUCAAAGACUUCGUUCAAAUAUUCAACCAAGAAGCUGAAACAAAACCCAAAGUUGACUCAAAAUCUCGACUUCAGGGUUAUGCAUACAAGCAGAAAGGAGCUGUAAGGGAAAAUAAUGAUGUGGAUGGUGAAGCUGAACAGUCCCGGAAGGAGGUCUCUAACAUAAAGAUCACAGAUAUGCCUACCAAUAGUUUUUCACAGCAGGAUGAUAUCUCAGCAUCAGCAGCAGUUCAUGACAUUUCAUUUCCGGAAGAUAUAGGAGAUAAAGACGAGUCCUUUCAUGAGAAUUUCACGAUUCAAGUAUUAUCCCAAGAUGAGGAGGAGGUUUCACAAAACCAAGAAAUUCAAGAAAUCCAAGUUAUUGACAAGAAGAUACAACAGUGGUCUAAAGGGAAGGAAGGAAACAUACGCUCGCUGCUGUCAACAUUACAAUACGUACUUUGGCCAAACUGUGGCUGGAAGCCUGUGCCUCUUGUUGAUAUAAUUGAAGGGAAUGCGGUGAAAAGAUCUUAUCAAAGAGCUUUACUCAGUCUGCAUCCAGAUAAGUUGCAGCAAAAGGGUGCGACUUCGGACCAAAAAUACAUUGCAGAAAAAGUUUUUGAUAUUUUACAGGAGGCAUGGACUCAAUUCAACAUGGUUGGUCCACUCUAA